UAUAUAGUAGGGAGUAGAUGAGUUAUUGCUUACAAAAACAAAAUGUUUCCUUGGUCUUUACUUCAAAAGCAACUUCUUAAUAUACUGUCACGAAAUUCUCAGUAUCAGAGCGCCUUGAAAAGAGGUGUAGAACGAGCUUUGAGAGAACCAACGUUUCGAAAGUUCAAACAUAAAUCUGAAACUGCAUAUCAACGUAUCAUCAAUUUUGCUAACGAUAAAUCAAACAAACAACAGUCGCAUGAAGGGCCACAUUUUUCGCACUUCAACAUCAUGAGACGUAAAUUAAUCCUUUUCUGGCAACAACAUGCAGUUAAAUUUUUCGUCUUCGUCACUGCCAACUUCAUGGCUAUUUUAUUCCUAAUUAAAAUGUUUCCAUUUGCCUAUACGUGGAUGAGGAUGGGAGUAAGCUAUUUGAUUUCUCCCAUACCAAAAUCAAAACUGCUUCCAUGUGGGGAUACUGGAGAAGAACAUACUGGAGUAUCCUUGCUAGAACGUGAGAAUUGCAAUCGUAGGUCUUCACGGCCAAAACAUGACUACUCAAAUUUUGCGCCUUCUUAUCGGGAGCAACGUGACGAAAGGAUGGCAACUCAGGUGUUUAUGGAUAAAGCAUCAGUAUCUAACGAUAUUUUGACGUCUUCAACUGCUUUAUUCGACGACACAUUAGCGAAUAAUGUCGAGGCUGUGAAAGAUAUGGAUAUGCAUUGCAAGCUUGAAAAUGAUAGUGAUAUUUCUACCUAUCAAAAAAAUAUGAAUGCUGAUUUUCAAACAUCGUUUCUUGUCAAAAUGUAUGGUGAUACAGAGUUCACUUCGUCCUUGGAGCGCGAAAAUCUAACUGGAACCAUUACCACCCUAGGUGGAGAGCACGUUUAAAUUAUGAGUAAUAGUAUCAAGUAA